GAUUUUCAGUUUUUUGUCUCCCCCUGUCUUUCGCCUCAAAUUGUUGUCUCUCCUCCCUCAACCCUGCUGCAAUUUCGUUCUGAUGGAAGCCCAAAACCCUAAGCUUCAAACUCCUGCAAAGCAAACCAUCUCCAAUUCUGUCUCUAAGGUCAGAGUAAUUGUUAGGGUUCGUCCUUUUCUCGCUCAAGAAAUUGUAGUGAAGAACGGCUGCCCAAAAUCUUGCAUCUCGGUUCUUGACCAAGACAUUGAGGCUCGCGAUGAAGUGGCUGUCCAUCUUAAAGACCCAGAUACCAGCCGAAACGAGUGUUAUCAAUUAGACUCGUUCUUUGGGCAAGAAGAUGAUAACGUGAGCCGGAUCUUCUACAAGGAAGUGAAUCCCUUAAUUCCAGGGAUCUUUCAUGGUUGCAACGCCACUGUUUUUGCAUAUGGGGCCACUGGAAGUGGAAAAACAUACACUAUGCAGGGUACUGAUGAGCUACCUGGUCUAAUGCGGCUAGCCAUGUCCAAAGUUUUGGAAAUGUGCCAGAGCACUGGGAGUGUAGCUGAGAUUUCAUACUAUGAGGUGUAUAUGGAUAGAUGCUAUGAUCUCUUAGAAGUAAAAACAAAAGAAAUUGCCAUUUGGGAUGAUAAAGAUGGGCAAAUUCAUCUCAAGGGUCUAUCUCGAGUCCCAAUUCAUUCCAUUUCUGAGUUCCAUGAAGUCUUUUCUUGUGGAGUUCAGAGAAGAAAGGUUGCGCACACAGGUCUCAAUGACGUUUCCAGCCGGAGCCAUGGAGUCCUUGUAAUUUCUGUUUCCAGUACUUGCAGUGAUGGUUCUGGAGCAGUAUUGACUGGGAAGCUCAACCUUAUAGACUUGGCAGGUAAUGAGGAUAAUAGGAGGACCUGUAAUGAAGGAAUUCGUCUACAAGAAAGUGCCAAGAUUAACCAGUCUUUGUUUGCACUGUCAAAUGUAAUAUAUGCUUUGAACAACAACAAACCUCGAGUACCAUAUCGGGAGAGCAAGUUGACCCGGAUAUUGCAGGACUCUCUUGGAGGAUCUAGCCGGGCUUUGAUGGUUGCUUGUCUGAAUCCCGGGGAGUACCAAGAAUCUGUUCAUACUGUUAGCUUGGCAGCAAGGUCGCGUCAUAUUUCAAAUUUUAUUCCUUCAACACAAAAGGUAGAGACUCCAAAGGUCAAGGUUGACAUGGAAGCGAAACUGCAAGCUUGGUUGGAAUCAAAAGGCAAGAUAAAGAGUGCACAGAGGAUGGGAGCAUUUCCUUCAAUUUUAGGCAAGACCCCCAAGUCUGUGAGCUCUGUAAAGAAACUCAAUUAUAACAGCUCUUCAAAAGUCAAUCUUACAGCCCAAGAAGCUGCUUCCAAUGCUAAAGAAAGAGGGUUAUCUAUGGCUUCCAGGACUUUAUUCAAAGAUGAAGGUGGUGUAGAGAAGACAACUAACAAAAACUCAUUUGAGACUUUUGGCCUUAGGUCGCCUCCGGCUAACGAAGGAAAAGGCACAGUGCAAAGUCCUCUGAGGAAAGUUCUCUCCCCCAUCAACUCCAAUAGGAACACAGACUGCAGCAGGGAACUGUUAUGCAAAGAUCAAUUAUGUUCAUCACAAAAUGAACCCACCACUCCUAACAUGCUAAACAUUGGAAACCCACUUGACAAAUUUCAUGCACUGAGUUCUAAUUUGAAGAACUCUCUUGCACAAGAAUACAUUGAAUUCUUAAAUACAGCUAACAGAGAGGAGUUACUGGGUGUGAAGGGGAUUGGAGUGAAAUUGGCUGAGUACAUACUGGAGCUCAGAGAAACAAGCCCUCUAAAAUCGUUGAAUGAUUUGGAGAAAUUAGGUCUUUCCUCUAAGCAGGUUUACAACAUGUUCAGCAGAGCUGCUAAAGGGAUAUUUGAAAGACCAGAAAACUGCAACACCUAGUUGUCUACUUCCAACUGAAGUCUUUCCCCAUACCUCAGAUGGAAUGAUAGUAUUGAUAUCGUAUCACUAUUUCGACACCCUUGUAUGUGAAAUUUUAUUCUCUUUUUGAGCAUGCAACAUUAUGUAGCCUGAAUUAUUCUUAGCAUAGAAACUAGUAUCAUUUUUUUACUCCAAGUGCAAUAGGCAAGUUACUAGAUUGAAUGCAGUACAAUCAAUUAUCGAAAAAGCC